CUUUUUGCAGAGACCAAGACCAUGUUCACGCCGCUUCAGGGCUCCAACUUCGCCGAGAACACACGCGCCGUCUGCAUCGGCAGUGGCCGCUUCAUGCGUGCUGUGCUGGUUCCAGUCUUCCGUGCUCUUGACUCGGGCGUCGUGGUGGCUCAGACUCGCGGAACGAGCUUUGUAUCAGCUUGUGCCGCUGCUAAGGGCAAGUACGAAGUGGACACCAUCGACUCAGAGGGGCACGUGGACACUACCGUCUUUGAGCUGGAAGCGGUGGGCUCUCUGGGUGUCGCUGAGGGUCGUGCGGCGUUCCUGAGCCUCCCAGCCAAGCUGCCACAGCUCAAGUACGUCGGCUUCGGCGUCACGGAAGCAGGACUACAGUCCGGCACUCAAGUGAUCAAAGACCUGGCCGAGUUCUUACAAGCUGCCUUCAAGGCUAUCCCAGACAAUGACUUGUCCAUUAUCAACACGGACAACUUCCCGAACAACGGAGACCACAUCAAGAAGCUCGUGUUUGAGCUGGACUGGGUCAAGAGUGACAACGCUACUGCGUUCCGCGGCUACUUGGACUCCAAAGUGCACUUCCACAACACCAUGGUGGAUCGUAUUACGAACCACCGCGCCGGAGACUCCGUCGUGCCUCUAACCGAGCCACUACCGGCCAAGGCUAUAUCCAUUGAAGACUUGAACGGAGCGCUGGAUGCUGAACGUCUCCGCAAGGUUCCUGGCGUCCACGUACGCACGAGCAAGUCGGAGAUCGCCAAGGAUUAUCUACUCAAGUUCUCGCUUGGCAACGCUGUGAACUCGGCCAUGGUGUACCUCCUGGCGCUCUCUCGUCAACGUACAGCCAACCAGUUCCAGAAGUUCCCUAUUAUCAGCGAGUAUCUGGAUGCUCUAUUCGACAAGGACAUUCUCCCAGCUCUAAUCGCUGGCGAGGUGGGAGAACAGGAAGCCCGUCAGUUCUACGCUGAGUGGCUGGUGCGUAUGAAACAUCCGCACUUCGGUCUCGACAACUUCUGGGUCUCACAGAACGCGUUGUUGAGAGUUUAUGUGCGUCUCCUCAACUCCGUGAACAUCAACGUCGCACACUAUGAGAACUACCGUCCCAGCAAGUUCAUGGCGUAUGCUACUGCUGUCGCUCUUCGCUUCUUGACGCCGUGGCAAGCUGAUUCGAAGCGUGAAGCCUCUACUGUCUUUGUGGGUCAAAUGGACCCUAUCCAGAACAGCGCGCCCAUCUUUUCGCUUACGGAGAAGACGUGGAGCUACGAUACGGGACUCACAGCUAACUUAUCGACGGGUAAGUACGAGUUUGACGACGGUGAGAACGGCCGUGUGUCUCGCUUGCUGUGGCGUGCUAGCCAACAGGUUCUUGAAGCUAGUAAAAGCAGCAGCAACGACUUCCCCAAGUCUGCACGUGCUGAAUCUUCCUCCGAGGUUUCAAGUGGUGUCGGCGUGGCCGUUGCUAGUGUGCUCAGCUCCGUCAAGGGCUUCGACCUCACCAAUGACGCGUACGCUUCCUUCGCUGCGGACGUCGCGGCACUCUACCAACGUCUCGUGUCUGGCAAACAGACAGCGCUGGAAACACUGGAAGACGUGCUGCGUAAUCACCACACGAGCGAGUUCCUCGCUACCAGGGAAGAAGUCGCCACUUUCGUGCGUGAAGCUGUCGCGAGCUCACGGCAAACUCAUGCUCUGGGGUGUUAA